AUGGACCCACAGAGCGCUGCGCCGGCUGCCAUCGCCUCCUCCUCCCCCCCUCCCGCACCUCCCGUCUCAACCGCGACACCCGUCGCCGAACCAUUCAAGAGCGUGAAAGAGAGCGACCUAGCUCUCGCGGCCGCCCAAGAGGCGUCGGGCCGGCCGAAUGGCGGCGUCUACAUGAAGGACGACGGCGUCGGCGUUCCCUACCUCCGCGUCCGGACGCCGCAGUACAACUACAUCGUCAUGAUUCGCGACGUACACACGCAGAUCUAUGCGUGGGUUGCUGCGCGGUUGGAGGAGAUGCGUGCUGUCCACGAUGCAGGCGGGAAUUCGCCUGCUGUUCGGCUUGUCCUCUAUGGCCAACCCGGCACCGGCAAGUCAUCCACGCUUCCCGUCCUACAAGCAGCUUUCCUCGAACAAGGCCAGCCUGUCUUCUACCACCACCUCGGCAGCGACAUUGUCUACCUCUUCAACGCGGCGUACAGCCGGAAGAUGCAAUUCGCCGAAUUCGCCUCUUUUUGA